AGCAUAAAACCAAGCGCCUGCAUCUCAGGCGCCAUUUCCUCUCUUUUUUCCUUUCCUUCCUUUCUCUGCAUUCUACAAACUUGAAACAAAAACUUUUAGCUUAAGCUUCCAAUGAUUUGAAGCUGUAAUGCCAAACAGGACCUAAAUGAAAUGGCUUCUCUUCACAUAUUGAAAUCCACUCUCUCUCCAAUUUCCCUUUCAGGCCCGUAUUUUCCCGGGAAAUCGGAUUCCAGGAAAGCAAUUCUCAGGUUGAGAAGUUUUAGUGCUGGGAGCUCUAAAAGAUGCUUCCAGAGACUGAAGUUUAGGGUUAACUGUUCAGUACAAGAAGGAGAUAAUAAUACCAAUGGUGAGGAACCACCGGAAUCGUUGUUCAUGAAGGAGCUGAAGAGGAGGGGAAUGACUCCGACUUCAUUGCUUGAGGACACCAAUAGAGGAAGCUAUGGAGUGGAGGAUGAGAUAAAGCUCGGAGAAGAGGAUAGAGGCUUUUCUAAAAGAAACGCUGUUUCAACUGAAUUUGGUCAAAGCCUUUCUAAUCAGAGAGAGCGUUCCAUGGCAUUGAACAGUGAAGGCCUUGAGGGUUUAAUUCCUCGUGCUAAACUUUUGCUUACAACUGGAGCAACCUUCUUUUUGGGAUUUUGGCCAUUGAUUCUCAUAACUGUGACAUUCUUCUUUGCUCUCUACAUUUAUUUUGGACCGAAUUUUGUCCAUGAUGCAAGCAAGACGCCCACGUCACCAUAUGUCGAUUGAUCCAUAUGAAUUGCUGGAAGAUGAAAGAAUAUCACAAAUAGCUCCUAGUUUAAAAUGAAGGAGAAAAUAUUUGUAGGAACAUCGAAUUCUUAAAUCUGGCGAAGCAGAUCUCUGUAACUUUCUUUGAAUCCUUGUUAAUUCUUUCCUAUGUAAAUACUUCAUACCUAUAACAGGCAAGAACAACUCUUAACAGGUUAAUUUUCAGUAUCUUUCAUUGUAUUUUUAAUCCAGUUGCUUGUUUAAUAAGCAUGACUGACUUCACUCUUGUUU